GACGUGCCCGCAGUACCUGGCCUGCCCGGAGGGCGCGCGCUGAUUGGCGCCCGGGAUCAGCGCGCGGGCUACGGUGUCCGGCAGGGGGCGGUGGCGGCGGUUGGCGGAGGGUCUGGAGCGGAGCCGCGGGCCUUGGGCCCUGCGAGCGCGGCGGGCCACGACUCUGCUCGGACCGGGUGAGGGUUGAGGCCAUGGGCGACCGCGGCGGCACGGGCGGCUCCCGGCGCCGGAGGACGGGUUCACGGCCCUCGAGCCAGGGCGGCGGCGGGCCCGCGGCGGCGGAAGAGGUGCGGGACGUGGGCCCCCCGGGAGACGCGCCCGCGCCGGCGCCGGCCCCCGACAAGGACGAGAACGGAGGCUCCGACGUGGGCAGCGGCCCCUGGGAUCUGAGGUGCCACCGCCUGCAGGAUUCUUUGUUCAGCUCGGACAGUGGCUUUAGCAACUACCGCGGGAUCCUGAAUUGGUGUGUGGUGAUGCUGAUCUUGAGCAAUGCACGGUUAUUUUUAGAAAACCUCAUCAAGUACGGCAUCCUGGUGGACCCCAUCCAGGUGGUGUCUCUGUUCCUGAAGGACCCUUACAGCUGGCCUGCCCUGUGUCUAGUUAUUGUGGCCAACGUCUUUGCCGCGGCUGCGUUCCAGGUGGAGAAGCGCCUGGCCGUGGGCGCCCUGACGGAGCAGGCGGGGCUGUUGCUGCACGCGGCCAACCUGGCCACCAUUCUCUGCUUCCCGGCGGCCGUGGCCUUGCUGCUCGAGUCCAUCACUCCAGUGGGCUCCGUGCUGGCUCUGAUGGCGUACACCAUCCUGUUCCUCAAGCUCGUCUCCUACCGGGAUGUCAACCUGUGGUGCCGAGAACGAAGGGCCAAGGCCAGGGCCAAGGCUGCUUCCGCAGGUAAGAAGGCCAACGGGGGAGCUGCCCCGCGCACCGUGAGCUACCCGGACAACCUGACCUAUCGUGAUCUGUACUACUUCCUCUUUGCUCCGACUCUGUGCUACGAGCUCAACUUCCCCCGCUCUCCCCGAAUCCGAAAGCGCUUCCUGUUGCGGCGGCUCCUGGAGAUGCUGUUUCUGACCCAGCUCCAGGUGGGGCUGAUCCAGCAGUGGAUGGUCCCCACCAUCCAGAACUCUAUGAAGCCUUUCAAGGAUAUGGAUUAUUCCCGCAUCAUCGAGCGCCUCCUGAAGCUGGCGGUCCCCAAUCACCUCAUCUGGCUCAUCUUCUUCUACUGGUUCUUUCACUCCUGCAUGAACGCCGUGGCUGAGCUCAUGCAGUUCGGAGACCGGGAGUUCUACCGGGACUGGUGGAACUCGGAGUCCGUCACCUACUUCUGGCAGAAUUGGAACAUCCCUGUGCACAAAUGGUGCCUCAGACACUUCUACAAGCCCAUGCUUCGCCGGGGCAGCAGCAAGUGGCUGGCCAGGACCGGGGUGUUCUUUGCCUCGGCUUUCUUCCACGAGUACCUGGUGAGCGUGCCUCUGCACAUGUUCCGCCUCUGGGCCUUCACAGGCAUGAUGGCGCAGAUCCCGCUGGCCUGGCUGGUGAGCCGCUUCUUCCAGGGCAACUACGGCAAUGCGGCCGUGUGGCUGACGCUCAUCAUCGGGCAGCCGGUGGCCGUGCUCAUGUACGUCCACGACUACUACGUGCUCAACUAUGAGGCCCCCGUGGCUGGGGCCUGAGCUGCUCCAUGGCGGGGCCUGUGGCCUCCUCCUCCCUCCUCGCUGCCCAUGACCAGAGCCCGCCGCCCCACCUGUGUGCUGGGGAGGGGGCCUGGCCGUCCGCAGGGCUUCUCUGCCCCUAUGGGGCUCCUUCCUGACCUACUCAGGGACGGCAGCCCAGCAUCCCAGGAACCUGUGCCGACCCUGCCCAGGGGUCUGAGGGGAUCAAUAAAGUGCUGUCCGGAGCGGCGCCCUCAGCCUGCCGGGGUCGUGGGGUGCUAGUGCUGCUCUCGGGGGUGGGGGGCUCGGAGUCCCACUGGCCUUCUGAUGCCCGUGUCCUCAGGGCGCGGUGUCCUGGCUGGAGGGGCGGGAGCAAAGCCACAGUGCCCAUGAGGCUGACUCCUCCUCCCCGGCACUUGUUUCUGUACCACAGGCGGCAACCCCCACUGCCCAGCAAGACCUGGCUCAGGUCACAUGUCCUGUCCUAUCACUGCCCUUGUUAACCUAGCGUGUGUGCGUUGUCAGGGUGGGGGAGCAGCUCAGAGCUCCGUGGUCCCUGUGCUGGGGCCUUGGAAGAAGAUGGUGCCCAAGGACUUCCCAGGAGGGGAUCUUGGCUUGGGGCACUGGCUGGAGGCCGGAGUCAGAACCAGUGUGUGGCCUGGCGGCGCCGCGUGCUGGUGCUGUUCUUCGGCUGUGAUGCUCAUGGCGGCGGAGUCCCUGGACCCUUGGGGUGGCAGCUCUUGGGGGGAGGCAGGUGGCCUGGCCUGACCCAUGACCUCGGUCUUCCUCCUGAGCACAUCCACGCAAAGGCUUGAACACCAGCUCUCUGCCCCUGCUGGGCACCCAGGAGGGACUCUCCACUGCCCUGGGUUUGAGCCCCACACGCCCAGUUCUCGCUCUCGGCAGCCCACACGCACGCCUACGUGUGGCCCUCAGGAAGCUGUGCUCCCAGACUAUUCUCUGCCAAGCCCGACGGGGGGCAGCCCGGAGCCCAUUCCCACCGGACUGGGCGGGUAGGCUCUUUCCAAGACCCCAAGCCAUGUGUGUGGCCCAAUGGGCCCCAGUCACAGACUGGUCUGAUGUGGUCUGACAAGGCAGGUGAGGGGGUGCCUGGGCAGUGGCCUCAAGGGCCAUGCUGCCCCCAACCUGCCCUGAAUCUGCCCAACCUCAUGUCCCCCAUCUCCUCUGGCUGUGAUGGAGUCAGGGGUAGAGGGACUCCCUGGGCCCUGCUGGGGAUGGUGAGUAGUGAGUGGGUGGACACCUGGGGGCACAGGGCAUCAGGAAGGCCACUCUGGUCUGUCCCCUCCCCACCCCUCCUCUGCUCCCAAACCAGCCAGUGCCUUGAGAACAUGUGGUGAGCAGGGUUGCAAAGCCAGGAAGAGGCUCCAGCACACCCACCCAUGCUCCCCCAGCCGCCUCAUUGGGGAGGUCUUGGGAAGGGCGUUCCUGUGGGUCCAUCCCACCGCCCCCCUUCCAGGUCCUUGAAUAAAGAAUUGUGAGCACA